GGUGGUCGCUCGCGCUUUGCCCGCUCGCUGCCGGCCCCCGCGGCUCUGCCUGCCUGGUGCCUGGUGCCUGGUGCGUUGCCUUCCCCUUCUCCAGCCGCGCCUCGUUCCCGAGGAAUAGACUGGGCAGCGGCUAGGCCUCCCCUAGUGUUAAACGGGCGCACGCGCGUGCGCGCCCGACCCGCUCGCUCCGCGCCCCGAUGCGCCCCCGCCGGCCGGAAGAACCCUAGCCCUAAGCAGGGGGGGCUCCCGUCCCCACCGAUGCGCGGGCGGCCGGGGUACCUCACCCUGCCGAUCGUCUCGGUGCUGGCGGCGAUCGGGUACGUCUACUACACCGCGGUGUUCCUGGCCGUGCCGCGGUGGCUGGGCCUGUCCACGGCGGCCGGGGUCGCCAACGCCGCCGCGUUCACGGCGCUUGCCGCCGCCUGCCUCGCCACCUACGCCGUCGCCGUGCGCAGGGACCCCGGGCGCGUGCCGCCGGGCUACGUGCCCGACGUCGAGGACGCCGAGAGCACCGUCCACGAGAUCAAGCGCAAGAGUGGUGACUUGAGAUAUUGCCAGAAAUGCUGCCACUAUAAACCUCCACGUGCACACCAUUGCCGUGUUUGCAAGAGAUGUGUUCUAAAAAUGGACCAUCAUUGCAUUUGGAUUAAUAACUGUGUUGGGCACGAGAACUACAAGAUUUUCUUGGUCUUUGUAUUGUAUGCUGUAGUUGCAAGCUUCUAUGCAAUGAUUCUGAUUAUAGGAAGCGUUGUGCACAGUGUUCCUAAAGAUGAACAGUCAGGCAGUGAUUCUUCUCGAACAUCCAUUAUUAUUUGUGGAGUCAUUCUUUCUCCAUUAGCAUUGGCGUUGGCAGUGCUCUUGGGUUGGCAUAUUUACCUCAUAUUACAGAACAAAACUACAAUUGAGUACCAUGAAGGAGUUAGAGCGAUGUGGUUGGCAGAAAAGGGUGGAGAUCUCUAUCAUCAUCCAUAUGACCUUGGUGUCUAUGACAAUCUUAUUUCAGUUCUGGGGCCUAACAUAUUCUGCUGGCUCUGCCCUAUAUCAAAUACUACAGGAAAUGGCCUUUGGUACCGUACAUCUUAUGAUAUUCCUAAGUCUACACCACCAAUGUGAUUAAAAAAGACAAUAGUACAUUCACAUAGGUAGUUGCUAAUUUGUGAAAGGAUUUCCCAUUCGGCUGCUAGAACGUGCUUGUUCUGAACAAUUCUGAAUUGGGGCACUGCAAGAUACAGAUUACUACAAGCUUUCUCCUGGUGUCUAUCCUGAGUCGAGACAUGAAUAUGUUAACCUAGAUUUUUCUUUCAUUCUUCACAUACAUCUUGAGAAAAAUAUUCUGCCUCGCUUGUAAUCUGGAGUAGGCUGUGCUUACAAAAAUCUGAGAAAAACAAUUCUGUUGUAAAGUUAUGUUCAUGUUUUUUGAGAGCCAAUGUAGCCAAAGGUCAUGAAAAACAGUUUUGCCCUCUCAUUUGUGUACAUUUGCUCAGACUCAUGGUGUUGAUGUACUUUUUUGCGCU